CCGUGAUGCUUUGGAGAGCCGCGCAGCGUCAUAUCACCUUCUCCUCGAUCACGGACGACGCAGAGGCCAUUUCCAAGCUGCGUCAGAUCGCGGAGGAGAUUUCUACCUGGAGCGGCGAGGACUGGGCCAUGUUCAACGCGCCCGCCGUUAAGCUGCGCCUCGACACCCAAGGCUCCGACCGCUACGGCGCCGUCGUUCUGGAGUUUCUGACCUGGGGCGGAAGCCGCGAGGGUGCGCUCGGCAUCGAGCUUGAGGCGUGUCCCACGCCCUUGAACAAGGGACGGAAGCGGCUGCUGUGGACGACCAAAGGCUCGCGGCGCGAGACGGUGGAAAACGUGCUCUUCAAGCUCUUUCUCGAAGAGGUACGGAGCGGCAGCCUGAGCAGCGUCUGCCGCCUCAAGGCAACCUCGUUCCUCCCGGCCUCCUCGGACGCUGCCUUCACAGGGCUCAUGAUUCAGAAUCGGCGCCUGCGGGAGGAGCUGCGCGAGAUGAAGACACGAGAUGCGGCCCCCGCGUCCCCUUAGAAUGGCGCGUACUAGGGACGUCGCCAAGCGCACACCACGGCGUGAGGCCGAGGCGGCGGACAAACGCGGUUUUCUAGAAUGUGAGUAGUAUAUUGUGGGCUAGCCAGUGAAGUGUUGUGGGCCGCUGCAUGAGAGAGGUUGCCGUUAUAGAGCGUAUCUAUUGAUGCGCAGUGAUAAGCAUGUGCCUGUCUCAGAA